UCUUUACUCUUUAAUCUUCAACUACUUUUGUCUCAAUAAAAGUGGGAUACAUUAUACUAAAAAACCCAUCAAGACAACAAUGUUACCAAAGAUAGAGAAAGCUGGGAAGAUGAAAAGAAAGAGCUUGAAUGAUGCUGAAAAUGUUUCUCAUAUUGAACCAAUCAACCUUAACAACCAGUUUGCCUCUGGCAGGAGAUUCUCUAUAAGGCUGGUUGAAAAGGGCACAACAUUAUUGCCAGGAUGUUUAGAGCCUCCUAUGUUAAGAGGACAUUGUUCUGCCACUGAUGCCAUCCAACAACAUGAUGUUCUUCCACCUCAAACCAUCAAUUCUGCAUGUCAAAAGACUGAUAUUGUUGAAAACUCAACAGUAGGUGUACCAGAAGUAAUUGAGGAAGAAGAUGAGGCUGAAAGUUCAACCCCGUCACUUAGUCUUAAACUAACUGAAAUUGUUGCCAUGGUGAGAAAUGAUGAUGAUUCCGAAACACAAAGCCGGCCUGAAGAUAAUGCAUAUCAAGUGAAGCCGGAGUAUGUGGAGAUAUUAAGAAAAAUCAUCAACAAGCAUGGAGAUAUUGCUAAGGAUUGUAAGGCAAGAACAAUGAAAUAUCGUUCAGUGAUGUUGGAGAACAUCUGUGAAGUCAUAUAUGCAUUGGACAACCAAAAUGUUACAAACGUGAAAGGAGUGGAACAGAUGAUUGAUCAAAUCAAUGAUGUAAAAGUCAUGGAGGUGAAGGUUGAUUGGCUUCUCACGAGGCUAAAUGAGAUACUUGAGGCAAGACAAGCUUUUAAAGAGAGUAGCAAGCUAAAAGAGAAAACAGACAGCAUUACGGAAUUUAUUGAAAUUGCUAAAAAAGAAUUGAAAGAAAGUGAAGAUGAUAAGAAGAAAUUCUCACAGAAGCUUAAGGAAGCAUGUGAUAGAGAGGCUGCAUGGAAAGCGAGAUUGGCUGGAAUGCAAACAGAGUCUAUCAUGGCAUAUCAAAGAGUCAAAGAUGCCACAUCUAAAGUUAAACGUUUUCUUAAGUGUUCCCUGAUCGAUGGUUUGCUCUAGUAUGUUGCAAAUUUCAUCUCCUUUUUUCUUUUUUCUUCAUAUUAGUGGUUUUAGGAUUGGUUAUGUUUAAACUGGUUUAAUUUUAAGACUUCUGUUUCCUAACUCAUGCAUGACUUAAACAAUUAUAUGCAGAUUUUGGUAACAAAUGUGUAGGG